AUGCAGACGUCUUGGCAAUUCGCCUCCCCUUUGUGUUUCCCUGUGAAAUUCUUUUCAAAAUGCGCCAAUUACGCACCGUUUUCUCAAAAGCGUUAUUACCCCACUUAUGUGGAUGAUUUUUUUCACGCCUUUCGGUUAUUGGGUACAAAGAAGCAGGCUGUUGAUGUCGACAACAUACUUAAAAAAAGUGCCAUUCUUAUCGAUUUCUCGCGAUACGUUGAAUCAAGUUUGAUUUCUGCGUUUUGUCCCAUAAAGAGGGUCUACAUGAAUCAAUUAGCAGCUAACAAUCCCUUGGAGGAUCGCUGGAACGUUGGCUUGACUCAGGUUCUUGUUCCCAUUUUAUUGUCAUGUCCUUUCCCAUAA